AUGUACUCUAGCGAAAGCUGUCGAUCCACGGGGGGAGGAUGCAGUGCCGUUAUGGCACCUCCACGCCAUAGAAAAUCCAACAGCCAUGCGGUGAAGUUGAUCCUUUUGCUGCUCUACCUAACACUGCCAAUUAUCAUCCGAGAGGCUGCCGCAGCUGAGACCGAAGGAAGUGGCAGUGGGACUAAUAGUAAAGCCGGAGCUGAUACCGUUUGGCGCGAGGGCUACGUGGGCGAUGGUACGACCCACGAGCAGCUGGGACAGCGACACUGGCCGCCCGUCGAGUUUACCCAGUACCGCGGAUACGCCAACUAUUCCCGGGAUCUAACCUCGACGCACAAAGCCCUCAAUCCCUUUUACAAGAUGAUGCACUUUAUCUUUCGGAUCUUGAUUUCCGACAUGCCGCCGGGCUAUGUGGCGUUGACGGACAACAACAAGUUGGCUCUGGGCCCCAAGGUGAGGCAGAACGAUUGGGCUGCUCUGCUGCACAGUUACUGGUUUCUGCUGCUUUUCGUGUUAUUCCUCCUCACCUUUAUCAUUUUCAUUCCGUUUAUUGGGGUCUGCUAUUGCUGCUUUUGCUGCUGCUUGCGUUGCAAGCAAUAUUCCAGAUCCAAAAAACGUCCGUGGCGCCUGGUUUGCGGCAUCUGCCUUGCCCUGAUGGUCCUUUUCCUCAUCCUUGGCCUCAUCGUCGCGUUUGUUGCAAACAAAUUCCUGGAUCGGGCAUUCGAGGACACCAAGCUGACAAUGCGACGUUCGAGUGAGGACACUUGCACGUUCCUCAAAGAAGUCGCUGAUCACAUUUACCAUUUGAUGGUGUACAACUACCAGGAGAUGGAGGCCCACCUCGAUGAGCAUCUCAACAACGCACACAAUCACAUAUUCCUGGACCUGGGGGAUACUUCCGAGAGCAAUGCGCUAGCCGAAAUGGAGCGCAUCUUCCACAACAUGCCGAAAGCGUACAAGCUGAUGGUGCAAGUGGAUGCCUUGGAGAAGGAGAUCAUUUUGCUUGGCAGCCAGCUUAGAGACGGUUUGCGUGGCCAGAAGCGAAAUCUGAUUUAUGCCGCCUACGCACUGUGCCAUUUGCCCAAGUGCUACAGGUGGAACCAUGAAAAUGGCGUAAUGCUUUAUGGCACCGCAAAGUGUCUGCACAUGGACAAGGUGCCGAACACCACAACCUAUUCCGAAGCCAUCAAAAAGAUUAUUGAGGAUGAAUUCUAUAAGAUUCCAUUAAACGGCGUGGUUCGCCUCAACAGAAUCAAGCAAAUGAUCCUGAAACAGAUGCGACUCAUUGUGCCGCCAAUCUUGCGAUCCAUCAGGAGAGGCAGAAUAAUGAUGCUGGACGAAGCGACGGGAUUGCGCGACAUGAUCGACUCUCUCAUCAGCGACAUUCACCUAAACACCUUGAGGACCACAAAGACAUUCGAGGAUGUGUACGAAAAGUUUGGCCAUGAUCGCAAAGCCAUCAACAUAGUCAUUUGCGUGUUACUCUUUUCAAUUGUCGUAGUCCUGACUUCGGCUCUGAUAUGCGGCUUCUUUGGGCCUAAACGGACGAUGCCAGGACCAUCUAAACCAUGCUCCAAAGGCAUGGCUGCCUCAUGCCUACUUAUAGCCAUCAUUCUGAUAUUUUGUGCAUUCUCGUUCAUAACGCUGGUUGGCCUGUUCUACAUGAUGAUCGGCUUGAUAACAUACUCGACAGCGUGUGCCCCAUUGAGGGACGAUAGCGCGCUCAACAUAUUCCGGGAGCUGGAUCCCGUGAUCGAUCUCAGUCGCUACAAGUCGCGGAAUAUGGAAGAGAAGGCAACGCUGUCGGCGUCGAAUGCCAUAAGGGCGUGCCAGGCAGACGAGUCCAUCUUCGAUUUACUGAAAGCGAAGAAGAUCUACAAUAUAGAGGAUCUGCUGAAUAUGGAAAUAUUCCUCGAUGCCAGUGAGGAAACACCCGUGUUCACCGACGAUCUAUCCACGCUGUAUCUGUUCACGGAGGAGGAGAAGCUCGAACUCAACGAAAUGCGGGACAGCAAUUUGUCGAGGUACCACAGCACCAUGUACAGCGAUGUUCUCUGCACGAAGUAUACCCACAAGGAGAUGGAAUUGAUGCGGGAUGAAACGGAGAGGUUUGGCAUAGAGCUAAACGUAAGACACUGGGAGAGCAUGCCAGCCUGCCUCGCCUACUACAUGUCGUUCAGCGAUCUCAAAAGGUACAACGAAUACCUAUUGAUCCCCAUGCGGAAGGACGUGGCCAAGCUAUUGGCCAUAGUCAAGGAAAUUGACAAGCUCAUUCUCUACGACAACAAUAACUUCAACAAGGGAUUCAAGAUACUGAUGGAUGCGGCACAGAGGUCCGAGGACUUUAUUAGGAAUAAGGGCGAGGACUACAUCAACAAUCUGGCCCACAACCUUACCAUCUCAGUCAACGAACAGCUUCAGGAAUACAUCGACAGAUUGAUCUACGAGGCCAACACCAACGUUGGCCACUGUCAGCCCCUCGCCUACAUUUACCAUCAAGGCGUUUCCCUCCUUUGUGCACGCCUAGUGGAUCCAAUAAACGCCUUUUGGCUGGCCACACUUUUCUGCUGCCUGCUCCUGCUGCCGAUUCUGCCGGUGGCCCACUGUCUGAUGUGCAUGUACCUCAAGAUCUAUCCCUCUCCGAUUGUCGCUCAAUUGGCAGCCGCAGAAGCAGCCAGAUGUCCCGUUUGCAUAGGUCCGCCGGUCAGAAGUGCUUGGAGGAACGACAACCGCGGCAGAGCUGGGCACACAUUGCCAGAGGAGCUGGACAGGCCGAUCCAGGUUGUAGCCGUAAGAGAUGAGGCGAUGCCGAGCAGCAAACGUAAGAGGGAGUAGGUGAACGAAAUGAGGUAUAAGUUGAACUGAAUACUAACGCUGUGGUGUUUGUUUGGAAAACCAACUAUUACUCGAUCGCCUUUUAUGUCAAGAACAU